CUUGUAGAAACUGCAGGGCUCUGACAGAAGUCGGUUUGGAGCAGCAUAGGUGCUGAAUGAUUGGGAUCGCGCCUUUAAUGCUUUCUGUCGGUUUCCGGCUGCCUUCUAACCACGCAGCCUCAUCCAGACUGUGCAAAAGUGCCAAAGGUUUCCACCAUCACUAAACACAGUGAUCCAGAGGCUGAUGCAAAAUGUCCACUAUGAUAUGAGCUUACCCAACUGUGGGUGAUCUUGCGGACUGUAAUAACACUAUAAUGGCACAAGGGCCUCCCACCUGAAGGAGCAUUAUUACCCCUGCUUGGUCCUAUUCCCUGAAGGUAUUCAGGUUGUCAGUUGAGAACCGGUUUACCUCACAGGAAUGACUCUUUCCUGACAGCUGAUACACUUCAGGAUUUCAAUGCUCCAUGCUGCUGUUUUCUAAAUCUGACCCCACUGACAGAAAGUGGUGAAACCUUCCCUGUUCGUGCACCAAGAAGUGAUUUUUUCCCCUUCUUCUACUAAUUUCUUUGAGCUCAGUCUGGCUGCAAAAAUGACUUCAGAGUGGGGUGAGAAGUCCACAGCAGACCUCAUGAGCAGGUAUGUCUCCAAGGAAAUGGGAUAUGGCGUGCCCAAGGAGGGUUGGCGGAUCUGUCUGGCACAUGAGUUCAAGGAGAAGAGGAAGCCCUUUCAGGCUAAAGAUGUCUCUCUGUCCAACGUUGUAGAGCACGUUGGUCUGGGUAUCAGGUAUCUGAAAUGGUGGUACAAGAAGACGCAGGUGGAAAAGAAAGCUCCAUUCAUCGAUAUGUUUCGAGCGCAGCCUUUGCGCCAGAUAUACGGUGCUCCACUCGGUGGUAUUGGAGGAGGAACCAUCACCAGAGGUUGGAGGGGGGAGUUCUGUAGGUGGCAGCUCAACCCUGGAAUGUACCACUACAAAACUGUCACAGCAAACCAGUUUACCGUAUGUUUACGACGCGGGGGACAAACCAUUUACCAGCAGGUGCUCUCUGUCGAGCGUCCACCCACGCUGCAAGGAUGGAACUGGGGUUACUGCGGAGAAUACGCUUUCUAUCACGCCCUUUACCCUCGAGCCUGGACUGUUUAUCAUCUGCCGGGACAGAAUGUGACUCUAACCUGCAGACAGGUCUCCCCAGUUAUCCCACAUGACUACCAGGACUCGAGUCUCCCUGUGGCUGUGUUUGUGUGGGACAUAGAGAACAAGAACGACUUUGCUCUAGAGGUCUCCAUCAUGUUCACCAUGGUCAACGGGUCAGGACACAAAGAAGACAAGAGCGGGGGACACUGGAACGAACCAUUCCACCUGGAGAAAGAGGGGAAGGCGGUGUCGGGGGUCUUAUUACACCACUGCACCACAGUGAACCCUUACACUCUGUGCAUCGCUGCCCAAGAGCAGUCUGAUAGGGAGGUCAGUCAUCAGACGGCGUUCAGUCCAAAGGGAACCUGCAGCAGCCUGUGGAGUGACCUCAUAACUGACGGACGGCUUGACUCUCCUACAGGCUCCAGCCCACCGACGUCUAAAGGAGAGAAGGUGGCGGCUGCAGUGGCUGUGGGCUGCCCAGUGCCGGCUCAGGGUCACAACUCGGUGGAGUUCUGUCUGGUCUGGGACAUGCCCAAAAUCACCUUUGGCUCCAGGGAGAGGGAGCACAUCAGGAGAUACACUCGUUUCUUUGGAUCUAAAGGAGAUGCAUCCCCAUCACUCAGUCACUAUGCACUCACACACUACAGAAGAUGGGAGGAGAGCAUCGAGGAGUGGCAGAGACCCAUCCUACAGGACAGUUCCCUCCCCUCCUGGUACAAGUCGGCUCUGUUUAAUGAGUUGUAUUUUGUCGCCGAUGGAGGGACGGUGUGGACGGAGCUGCCAGAGGAUGCUGAUGUCAGUGGUGGUGUCCGCAGCGAGGACGGAGGGCUGCCUGCUCAGCCUGAUGUCAUCAAGGAGUAUGGGCGGUUUGCUUACCUGGAAGGCCAGGAGUACAGAAUGUAUAACACAUACGAUGUGCAUUUCUACGCUUCCUUUGCACUUAUCAUGCUGUGGCCCAAACUGGCCCUCAGUUUACAGUACGAUAUAGCUGGCAGUGUGGUCAGUGUCGACCCGACAGAGAGGCUGCAUCUGAUGAGUGGGCUGUACUCUCCUGUAAAGAUCAAAAAUGUGGUGCCUCAUGACAUUGGAGACCCAGAUGACGAGCCAUGGCAGAGGGUGAACGCCUACCUCAUCCAUGACACUUCGGACUGGAAGGACCUAAACCUGAAGUUUGUGCUGCAGGUCUACAGGGACUAUCAUCUCACACAGGACCUUCAGUACCUGAAGGACAUGUGGCCAGUCUGCCAGGCUGUGAUGGAGUCAGAGAUGAAGUUCGACCUGGAUGGAGAUGGACUGAUAGAGAAUUCUGGAUAUGCAGACCAGACUUAUGAUGGUUGGACAGUGACUGGACCAAGUGCUUACUGCGGUGGGCUGUGGUUGGCGUCCCUGUGUGUCAUGUGUAAGAUGGCUCGAGUGGUUGAAAGUGAGGAGGCGUACCAACGUUACAGAGACAUCCUGGACAGAGGCAGUGCUGCCUUUGAUAAGCUGCUGUGGAAUGGUAAAUACUACAACUAUGACAGCAGUGGGAGAGAUCUCUCUAACAGUGUCAUGUCUGACCAGUGUGCGGGUCACUGGUUCCUGAGAGCGUCUGGCCUGGGAGAGGGAGAAUUCCAGCCUUUUCCAAAAGAAAAAAUCCAGAGUGCUCUAAAGUCUGUCUAUGACUUAAAUGUGAUGAGCUUUGCUGGAGGUCAGAUGGGGGCUGUAAACGGUAUGCGUCCUGAAGGAGUGGCCGACCGCUCCAGUGUGCAGUCAGAUGAGGUCUGGAUUGGAGUCGUGUACGGACUGGCUGCCACCAUGAUUCAUGAGGGUAUGCAUAAAGAGGGCAUGCGCACUGCAGAGGGCUGUUAUCGGACUGUGUGGGAAAGGCUGGGCAUGGCCUUCCAGACUCCUGAAGCUUACUGUGAGAAGGGCAUCUACCGCUCGCUGGCUUACAUGAGGCCUCUGAGCAUCUGGGCCAUGCAACUGGCCCUCAACUCUUCACAGAAGGAUCAGAAAACGUCAUCUCAAAAUGGAGCAUCUGACGGGGAGCAGCAUGUGAGGGAAACUGAGAGCUAGGAUCUGAGAAUAAAGACUGCUGUGAUUAGAAAAGCUCCUCUGAAAAUCAUUUUCAAUCUCUCCCCUGGCAGACAAAAACCUCAUCUACACUCCAGCCCUGAUCAGAUUCAGACCCUAAAAUGACACUGUACUGUUUAUUUUACUUCAAAUGUCUUGUUGUUUGAGGUCAGAACUAAAAUGGUUUUUACUCAAUGUCUUUAGCUACUGUAGAUCAUGAUUUUAGCUGUAGAGGGAAAAAGUUUUACUGCAAAUGGUUCAUUUUUUAUUUUUUUAAGUUGUGCUGUCAUGCGGCAGUAAUAAAAUCAUAGCCAGUGAGCAUUGCUGAUAGAAAAAAAACAAACUUGUUUUUAGACAACAUACUGUCUUUUUGCACUACAUUCCCUAAUCAUCUCAACAUGUUAAGCAACUUCUAAGCUAACUAUUUAAGGACUGUUCUCAUUAUUCUACCAGCCAUAUGUAGUCAUUAUUGUCUUUGACGGUUAAAUCGACAUCAGCAGACCUUUAAAUAAAGCUGUAUUUGAAUAAUUUCCCAAUCAGAAAUAUGGACAAUUGAAAAGAAGACUGCAAAGUUAAAGGUAUUUCCUGUUUCCUUGGCUUCAAUUUGAAUGCUGAACUAAGUGAAAUCAUGUGUGAUGAGUAGAGUUGGAAAUUUUGUUGUAAUAGAAUUUGGUGCCUUGCUGCAUGUUGGCCGAAGUCUACAGAGUAUUAUGUAGAGGCAACAUUUACUGUUUUAUAAACCCAAUACUCAUGACAAUCAUGUGGAAUUAAACGAACUGAUACA